CUUACUAGAAAUUGGCGAAUUACUGCCUUCUACAAGGCCUUGAUGGACGAACAAUCAAUUGCUCCAUCCCCUUCUUUAACCUAUCCUUCUACAGAGGCUUCCUUUCAAGUCCCUUUGUCACCAUUUGCUGAUCCAACAGCAUCGGCAUUAUCGUUUAAAUCUCUUCUAGAGGACCCUAUAAAUCCUUCUUUUCCAUCCUAUACACCUACUAGAACGGAAAUCACUCCUGUCUCUCUUUCUCCCAUCCCGAUUGUUCCGGUUCACGAUUUCCAGGCUUAUUUGCAUCAGAUCUCUCAUGAAUACACUCGUUACUCCAAGCAGAAGCAAACUAGCUUUCAUCGCUAUGUAGGGCGUCAUGCUAAGCGCAUCAAUUAUAACUCUGGUUCUAGUGUGCAUGAGUCACUUGCGCAUCGCAAUUCCGUGUCUACGACUCGAGGAGGUCUCGUAAGUGAGUCUUCAUAUCCAUCAUCAAACUCAGAGACCAUUACAUUUGAUCGUGAGGAGCUUCCGCCUCCUACUCCUAGCGUGGUUGAUAAUUUCCCUCUAUCUACCAUCCCAUCCAUAUAUUUCCAGGAUGAUUUCAACCUCGAUGACCCCCAGACUUUUGACAUUGCGAGUGAACAUGUCGACAUUACUCAGGCAGGAGAUGCUCAACAUGGCAGUAGAAAACUUUUGUUGAAUAACUCCAUGUUGCAAGAGAAAAUCUCUUGGUAUCUGGAUAUUGUAGAACUUCAUUUGUUGCAAGAGAUUGAGAAUGCUAGUGAUAGUUUUCCCAUUAUUAUGGAAAAUUUAAAAAAUCUAAAAAAGGAUGGAAAGAUUUGUUUACAAAAUACUCAUGGCUUUUUAGAGAAUCUCAAUCAAAUAACAAAAGCCCGUGAAGAACAACGAGAAGCUAUUUCCAUGCAGGAACGCUCUUGUUCACAGCUUCAUCAAUUAAUCCAGUCACUGUCGUUUUUGGAAUCGCUUUUUGAUUUGAGCAAUCAAACUCACCAAUCCGCCCGUGACGGUCACUUCUUAAAUGCGAUAGACGGGAUCCAUUCCAUCACUGCCCAGUUAGAGUUAAAGUCUAAGCAAGAAAGAAUUGAUUUCCAUUCUCUACCUCCUAUUGUUGAACUUUUAGAAGACCAACGCUCACUUUAUAAUACCAUAUCUCAAACUGUAAUCCAGAAAUUUCCCGAAAUCCUUAUUCAGGACAUACGCGAUUUUUCAUCCCAGAGAUCUCCGUUGGAGUUAUUGACUAUUUAUUUGAAGAAAAAUAAAAAGCUACGGGUCAACACUGAGCCUUUACCUCUCGUUACGGACUUUUCUCCAGAUUUUAUGAAAAAAUUAGAACGUUUCAUUGAUUGUCUUCUCCUUACAGAUGGUCUGCAGUCUGGAUUAACUAUAUACAAAACAUCUGUGUUUAAGGAAUUAGAGUCGUUGAUAACACAAACUUCUGCUGAAGUGAAAUCUCUUAAUGGAAAGGUCAGUCGUCAAAGUAUCAGUACUACUAACCUCUCCACGAUAAAAAAUCCUUCUUUUCAAUCCUUACCGGCUGCAUCCAAUGAAAGUCCGUCUAUUUCAGAAUUCUAUAACAUGCUCGCAAAAAUCUAUUUCGUGUCUUUGGAAUUUUUACGCCGACUGGGACAACAGCUUAAACUUCUAAUUGAUAUUUUGUCCAGAAAAGAUGAAGAACAGUAUCAUUAUUCUAUUGUUUUGAACGAUUUAAUGACAGCUAGCUCCGAAUUAAUUUUACAAAAAGUAACCAACAUAAAUAGCGCACAGUUCGCUGCUUUAGACAACUAUUCUUCUCAGGAUUGUUUAAAAUUGUUUACGUUGCAUUCCCUGUUUUAUAAUGAACUUGAAAAUUUAUGUGGCAUCACACAAAACGAUUUCAUGUCCAUUGUUAUGCAUGAACUACAGAAAUGGUUUCGAAAUCAUCAAAUAAAGAAUAUUCAACUGCUUGCUUUAGAUUAUGAAAAGGAACAUUGGGAGGCUAUUUCAGUCAGCCAGAAAGUACAGAGAUUGGCAUCUCAUAUCGACCAAUGCGCAACAAAAGUUCCAGAUGAUUGGAUCUUUUUUCAAGAACCGAGUGCAGAUGACAUGAAACGUUCAGAAGAGGAAGGAGAGUCAGCAUUGUCGGAACACUGUCUUCUUCAAAAUCAAUCAAUUCAUAUGGUCAAUGCCUCUGUACGUUUACUUGAGACUAUGAACCAAUAUGGACAGUUAGUAUAUCAUUUCCCAAGACUCUCUCAUUAUUUGUACUAUGGCAUGAUAGACCUUUUGCGAACUUUAAAUUCCCGAGUAUAUCAGUUAAUUCUUGGAGCUGGAACUGUACGGUCAUCAGGACUCAGUAGAGUUUUAGGUAAACAUAUUGCGUUAGCUUCACAAACGGUUACUUUAUUUCAAGCACUAUCAACUUCAAUGGUCAAGUUUCUAUCAAAAUAUUCUGGGAUUAGACAAACUCAAGAAUUGCUCAGUCUCGAGAACGAUUUUGAUUUACAUCAUGACCAGAUAACUGAGAAGUUUAUUGCUCUCAUGAAAGAAAGAUCAAACUUUUGCUGUGGUCAAAUUAUCAUAGUUACAUGGGAUAAUGAAGAGCCUCAUGAUUAUAUGAAGGAUCUCAUUAAGAACUUGGUCAAACUCUAUAAAGUUUUACACCGUUACUCUGAGCCAGAUUGCAUUCGUGUUAUUCCAAAUGUCAUAAAGAUGUUUGAAGACAGAUUGCAAUUGGAACUCACAGACCUCGCUCAGGAUCCUGCAAAAUGGAACGGUAUAAAGAAAGACUUGUCUUACUUUUAUGAUUCAAUAUCUAGCAAAUGUGGUUAUGUUGGAAGUCCGGAAGUACUCGAAAAGUUUGAGCGUGCCAUAGGGCAAAAUACCUCUGACAAUGUGACCGCAUGAAGACAGAAGAUCAAGUAAAAACUAGAAUUCUAAAAUAAGGGGGAAGUCGUUCAAUUGGCUUGAAAUUUUAUCAAUUUUUGUUCGUUUUGAUGUUUUAUGGUAUGCUAUAAUUACUCACUAAUACGUUUCCUUAGAAUCAAAGGGACUGUAAAGACCAUAAUGAAAAUGUUUAGAUUUAGUA